ACUGCGCAGGAUGUGUGACCAACCCCCAUUGGACCAACCAUAUGUGCUGUAUCGGCGAACAACGAGGCUGAACAUUGUGGACAAAAUUAAAAACAAGGAGAAUGGGGAAGAAACAGAAAAAGUCAGGCGAUGACAGUGCCAAAGACGGUGGCAUCGACCUUGACGCCCUAGCAGCAGAAAUCGAAGGAGCGGGAGCCUCCAAGGAGCAAGGUAAAGGAAAGGCCAAGAAGAAGAAAGACAAAAAGAAAGACGAUUUUGAUGAAGACGACAUCCUGAAGGAGCUGGAGGAACUGUCACUUGAAACCACAGGAGCUAAAGGCAGCAAGAAACCAGACGCCACAGACGAGCCGGAGAGUGCCGCCGAGCCCCCGCCGCCCACCAAAGCAGAGAAGAAGAAGACGCGGAAGGGCAAGCGAGCCAGCCUGGAGGAUGACGACGGGGACGACGAAGAGGUUUCGGGUAUGGGUGACGUGGAAGACGAAGACAAGCAGAAGGACAAGAAGACGUCUGCUGCCCCCGCUGUUGCUGCUGCUGCUGGCUCAGACUCGGAGGACGACGCCUCACGGACCCGGAGGAAACCCAAGGCAGGGAAGAAAGGAGGCCGCAAGGAGGCCUCGGACGAGGAAGAGGAGGAUGACGAUGGCGGUGCGAGGAAAGGAGAGGGGGGAGGGGAGGAUGAUUCAGAUGAUGACGACUCGGUGGACGCAUCGCAGGCUGGAAAGAAAGGCAAGAAGAAGAAGGGCAAAGCCAAGGCAGACAGUGAAGAAGAGGAAGAGGAGGAGGGAACCUUCAAGAUGAAGACGGCAGCUCAGAAGAAGGCAGAGAAGAAGGAGAGAGACCGCAAGAAGAAAGAGGAGGACAGGGCUAAGCUGAAGAAGCAGAAGGAGAAGGAGGAGGAGAAAGAGGGGAGUAUUGAGGUUGCAGCAGUGCCUAAGAAAGAGGUAGUGAAGAAGAGUGAGCCAGCGGUGGCCCCAGCAGCAGCCCCAACCCCAGCAGCAGCCCACACCCCAGCAGCAGAGAUGGAGGCAGCAGCAGAGAUUGAAGAUCAGGAAGGGGCUGAUCCUCAAGGAGAAGCUGCCGAUGAGGUGCUUGAAGCAAUUAAUGAAGAGGAAGGGGGAGACAAGAAGGGCAAGAAAGACAAGAAGAAGAAGAAGGGGGACAAGGAGAAGGAGAAAGAGGAGAAGAAGAAGGGACCCAGCAAGGCCACAGUGAAAGCCAUGCAGGAGGCUCUGGCUCACAUGAAGGAGGAAGAGGAGCGUGCCAAGAAGGAGGAAGAGGAGAACCUGCGUCGCCUGGAAGAGCAGGAGGCUCAGAGACUGGAGCAGGAGCGUCUGGAACAGGAGCGCAAGGAGAAGAAGAAACAGAAGGAGAAAGAGAGGAAGGAGAGGCUGAAGAAGGAGGGCAAACUGCUGACCAAAGCCCAGAAAGAGGCCCGGGCCAGGGCUGAGGCCACACUUGAACUCCUGAAGGCCCAGGGUAUUGAAGUGCCAUCCAAAGACGACUCAGUGCCAAAGAAGAAGCCAGUGUACGGAGACAAGAGGAAAAAGAAGCCCCAACAAGCACAGACCCCUGAAGAGAUCUCAGAGGUCAUGUCACCCACGUCGGAGAUGGCAGAGCCAGUCAUCUCACCGAUGGCCGUGGAAACCCCCGAAGUACCAGCAGAGGUAGAGCAGAAAGCUGAGUCUGCAGUUGAUGACUGGGAGGCUAUUGCUGAGACUAUCGAUCAGGACAAAGAGCUGAAGACGGUCCACAUUGAGGUGAAGCCAGAGACGCCAAAACAGCCCCAACAGAAACCCUUGUCACAGCCGGAGGAAGAGGAGGAGGACGAGGAGGAAGAGGAUGAUGAAGAGGAGGAGAGUGAGGAGGAGGAGAAGGAGAGUCAGCCUCACACAACGCAGCAGGCCCCAGCCACUAAGAGGAAGGGAGGGAAGGAGAGCUCAGAGUCCAGUAGUGACAGCGACUCAGAUGACGAUCGCACUAAAGAGGAGCGGAUCUACGACAAGGCCAAGAAGCGUAUUGAGAAACGGCGAGCAGAGAACAUAAAGAACAUAAACCUGGACAAGCUCCGCUCCCCCGUCGUCUGUGUACUGGGCCACGUAGACACAGGCAAGACCAAGAUCCUGGACAAGCUGAGGCAUACACACGUACAGGACGGAGAGGCAGGAGGGAUCACCCAACAGAUCGGAGCCACUAACGUACCGCUGGAGGCCAUCGUAGAGCAGACCAAGAUGGUGAAGAACUUCAACAACGAGGCCAUUAAAAUCCCAGGAAUGCUGAUCAUCGACACCCCAGGCCACGAGUCUUUCAGUAACCUGAGGAACCGGGGCAGCUCUCUGUGUGACAUAGCUAUCCUGGUGGUGGACAUCAUGCACGGCCUGGAGCCUCAGACCCUGGAGUCCAUCAACCUGCUCAAGGAGAAGAAGUGUCCCUUCAUUGUAGCACUUAACAAGAUUGACCGUCUGUACGACUGGAAGAAGAGUCCAGACACAGACGUGGUGGCCACACUGAAGAAGCAGAAGAAGAACACCAAGGAUGAGUUUGACGAGAGGGCCAAAGCUGUCAUCGUGGAGUUCGCCCAGCAGGGUCUGAACGCAGCCCUCUUCCAUGAGAACAAGGACCCGAGGACCUUUGUGUCUCUGGUGCCCACCUCGGCCCACUCCGGGGACGGCAUGGGCAACCUGAUCGCUCUGCUGGUGGAGCUCACCCAGACCAUGCUGGCACGACGCCUGGCACACUGCGACGAGCUCAGGGCUCAGGUCAUGGAGGUGAAAGCCCUGCCUGGUAUGGGCACCACUAUAGACGUGAUCCUGAUCAACGGGGUUCUCCGGGAGGGCAUGACUGUCAUCGUCCCGGGGGUGGAGGGACCCAUCGUCACCCAGAUCAGGGGGCUGCUGCUGCCUCCACCCAUGAAGGAGCUCAGGGUCAAGAACCAGUAUGAGAAGCAUAAGGAGGUGUGUACGGCCCAGGGAGUGAAGAUCCUGGGGAAAGACCUGGAAAAGACCCUGGCAGGGCUCCCCCUGCUGGUGGCCCACAAGGAGGACGAGGUGGCCGUGCUCAGGGAUGAGCUGGUGCGGGAGCUGAAACAGACUCUGAACUCCAUCAAGCUGGAGGAGAAGGGUGUGUACGUCCAGGCCUCCACUCUCGGAUCCCUGGAAGCCUUGCUCGAGUUCCUACGAGUGUCCAAAGUGCCUUACGCUGGCAUCAACAUCGGUCCAGUCCACAAGAAAGACGUGAUGAAAGCUUCCACUAUGCUGGAGCAUGACCCACAGUAUGCAACGAUCCUGGCGUUUGAUGUGAAGGUGGAGAGGGACUCUCAGGAGAUGGCUGAUAGUCUGGGGGUCAGGGUGUUCAGCGCUGAGAUCAUCUACCACCUGUUUGAUGCCUUCACCAAGUACAGAGAGGACUACAAGAAGGCCAAGCAGGACGAGUUCAAACACAUUGCUGUGUUCCCCACUAAGCUGAAGAUCCUGCCUCAGUUCAUCUUCAACUCUAGAGACCCCAUAGUCAUGGGAGUCAACGUGGAGGCUGGGGUCCUCAGACAGGGAACCCCACUCUGUGUGCCCAGCAAGGGGUUUGUGGACAUUGGCAUCGUGACCAGCAUUGAGAUCAACCACAAGAUGGUGGACAGUGCCAAGAAGGGCCAGGAGAUCUGUAUAAAGAUCGAACCGAUCCCCGGAGAGGCACCCAAGAUGUUCGGCCGACACUUUGAGGCCACCGACAUCCUCGUCAGCAAGAUCACCAGAGCGUCCAUCGAUGCCCUGAAGAACUGGUUCAGAGACGAGAUGGGCAAAUCUGACUGGCAGCUCAUCAUGGAGCUCAAGAAGACUUUUGAAAUCAUCUGAACGGAAGAACGGGCACACAUCUUCAUGUCUUCAGGCGGCCGCAGCACACCUACACACAAACACACACACCACUGAUCAUGUGACACCUGAUCAAAGACACACACACACACACACUUGUUCAUCACACCCACGUAUGCAUACACCCAUAAAUGGUGGGAGCAGUGCAGUGUCCCACUUUUCCCCCUCUCCCCCAUCCCCUCCCCCCCGGUGGGUGGGGGAGUGUAUUUUUAGAGGGGAAACAGUGUUUUUCUGUGAGAAACUAAAAACUAUUUCCUGCUGUUGUUAACAGUGACAGUUUAGACAGCAUCGACACACACUAUUCCAACGUGCCUGUUGUUUGGAAUCAUCUUGAGUUUUGUUUUUCAUUUUGCCACUCUCUCUCUCACCCUCCACAUCCGUCUGCUGCUGGAGUCCUGCCCUCUGUAAUCACUCUGGUGUUCAGGCUGGGGUGAGACUGGAGAGGGGGCGAGUGGGGAGUGGAGAAAGCUGGGUCAGGCGUCACCGGAACCACAGAUCUACAGAAUUCAGCAAACUGGGUUUGACAAGUUUGCGUGGGUGCCAUGUUGGCACCGGAAGUCACAAGGAGAAUGACAUUCCACCGAGAAUGCAAAUGAGAACCUUAUUGUUAUGACACGUUGGUUGCCAACAUGGAGGCUAGUUUGCUGAACUCUUUAUAUCUAUCACGGAUCAAGGGGAGCUGUGCGCCAAAGGCCUGAAUUAGAAGAGGGGAGAGGGGAGGCAUUCUUACCAGAAGUUUUAGACGUCUGAAUAAUACGACCGUGUCAGUGUUUUCUCUUUUCUUGAAUGCAGUUAUUUUAUGGUCCUUUUAAAAAGCUCCUCCCUCUCUGACAUCACCACCACCCACCACCAGCCCCCCCUGUCAGCGCAGUUCGACUGGUGCCUACGGACCUUUUUUUUUACCAUGAAUGAACUAGGUGACAAAAUAGGUGGUCCCUCUUCUCUCUACUUGAGUUCAAAAUGUAAAAGAUAAUAAAAAAUCUACAUCAAUAAAGACAUAUUUAUAGAAGUUGCAAACUCUGCCCCCUCUGCCUUGUUGUAUAUUUUGGAUAAUGGUAUGAAUGGAAUAUGCAUUGAAUUCAAUUCUAUAAAAAAUAAAUAUGAAGUGCUACUUUC